UGUAACUGCUCUUCCCCAUUCUGUCAAGUUGAGGUUUGCUCACAGAAACAGCUUUGCCCUCAGAACAGACAUUACUUUUCCGGUACCAACCUCAAGCGCUCACAGACAGAAAACAGAAGAUGAAGCGAUAACCUGUGAAGCAAAAUUCACUUUAAUACAUGCAACUGAACAGAAACUAAGACAGAGGGAGGGACUCUAACAUAUGGGAAGUCUUUGAUAAAAAAAAACAAACAAACAGAGAAGAAAACACUGAGUGAGCCACCUGUAGGCUUCAACAUGCGCUGUGUACAGUGGAUUAUGAGUUAGGUGGAAGAGCAGGUUAAGUGUUGCAACUUCACAGACUCCCCGAUGGCGUCUGGUUCUAUUAGCUGGGUGCAGGAGAAGCCGCCAGCGCUGCCUGUCAAACAACACAGAAGUCAUUCCUCCAGAGGUUCCAGUGCAGAGUCUGACUGUGUAGAGUCUGUUGUGUUCAGCCCUGCUGGACUCCAACAUCAAAACUACACAUACAUCGAUGUUUUCCCUGAACCCACUGAUUGUCAUGCAGACCAGUGUCCCAUCCACCAGCGCUACGAUCUUUCCCGACACCAGAUGAGAUUUUUCUCUGAUGGCACCCCGCCGCCUGUUCCAAAGAAGAGGUUAGUUCGUACCCUCUCCCUCCCCGGCGUGCCUCCGUUCUCUCCUCUGUCCCCCCGGCGUCCUCUGCAAAUGCACCCUCAACACUUUGACAACCCUCUGUACAUGUUAUCGCCCAUACGUGACACACACAUCUGUGAAGAGGCACCAGAGGUUCAUACAGUUUUGAGGAGAAAUCCAGCAGUGCCUUCACUGACCUUCUCCCAGCUGUCCUUCGACACACCCGACGAACAUCUGCCCUACCUCUUCAGCAGCUUUGACGACCUGAGUGUUGUCUCCCAGGGGAUUCAGUAUCGUCACCUACUGUUUCUUAGAAGUAUGGCACAGAGAGUGGACUCCAGGAUCCUGCUGCAGGGAGAGGCCGUGGGGAGGGACGUCAGCUCAUACCAGCCCCGGGAGUUCUUCCUGUGUGAGGGCGUCGAGCCACAGCAGGUUGGAGACACAGUUUAUUACAGCCUGCACAGCCCCAGGUUCCCAGGGAGGGAGCUCGGUUUAAGGCUACACAAACCCACUGAGGAGGCCUGUUCAACUUCCACCAAACCAAACCCCCAGCAUGUCAACGUGCAACACAUAGCUGCUCAUUUCACACCCAGCAGCGUCCUGAAGGAUUCCAGCAGCACAACGCAAACUCAAGACUGUUCUGAUGUUCCCAAGUCAGACUGCACUGCUGCUAAAACACCGUGUGGAGGCAGCAACGAGUACGGCAAUUACACACAGAGCAGCCAUGUGUCCACGGUCCAACAUUUACUUGAGAAAGGACACUCUGUGAGCGUUGAGAGAGACCUCCCACAGGCCACGCUGGAGGACUUUGUUGAGGACAGCAGCUCACUGCAGAGCACAGACUCUUUGCUUUAUGAUAAACGAGUUUGUUUCCUGUUGUUGCAGAUAUUAAUGGGGGCACAACAUCUAUACAACAAUAACACUCCAGUAGCUGAGCUCAGGCCUAGGGCGAUCUUUCUGAUGUGGCCCUGCAAGGACAGAGGAAAGGCAAAGGAGGGAGAGAACAUGACAGAGGAGAAUGUGUCUGAAAUGCACGGAGGAUUAAAAAGUGAAAGAAUUAAAAGUCUCAAAGAGGGAAUGUGGCAAAAGGCUAAGAAAAUGGGAAGGAUACAGAUGUUAUGGAGGACACUGGGUUCUCCUCGUGUUGUGAUAACCUGCAGGUCUGAUCACUCUGAACCUCAACCCCUUGUGUCCAUCAAAGCCCAGAUUGGAGCUUUGAUCCAGUACUGCCUGGAUCCACAAGAGGGCCAGGUAUCCCUGUCUAAGUCCUCUUAUCGAAGGGUUCUGCGGUCCCUGGUGUCUCAGCUCCACAGGGACGGCAGCAGCAGUGGGCUACAGAUGGCUGACAUGGUGACCGGGCUCCAGGUGCUCCUCUGGGGCCCGUGUUGGGGCCCUCAGUUGAACCCAAGAGGCUCUGUGACACCCGCUGUACACAACUGGCUGACGAUCAAACGAGCCCUGCUGGUGAUGAAACUGGCAGAGAAAGGGCUGAUCCAGGAUCAGUCUGUCCUGGACUGGGAGGACUGUCUGUGUCUGCAGUAUCUGGCAUUCACAGACCCAGAGGCAGUUGUGACUGUAACCAGUCAGCUACAGAUCACUGAAUGAAAAAGGCAGUCCUGUUAAGAUCUAUAUUAUAAAAGCUAAGGGACCUCUGUGUGCCUGCAUGUAUGUGUCUGUUUUAUAACUGAAAAACUGGACUAGAGCUGAAACGAUUAAUUGAUUUGUUUAAUCUACUCAAAUUGAUUAAAGGGAAAUAUUCUAUUGCAGUUUUCCUGAAUUGAAGCUUCUUUGUGCGUCACAAGAAGCGUCCGUGUGAAACACAACAGUGGAACCAAUGUUUAACAGCAGAGAAAUGAAGGAAACAAAGCUUUGAUUCAGGAGAAUUGUGGUUGAAUGAUUUUUUGGAUCACUUUGAGUCGAUUAAUCGUUUCAGCUCUAAACUGGACAGAUCUAGUCUUUGCCUUUUUCUUUACUUAUGAAUUUUGGGUGAAAGAUCAGACAGCCACAAACAGCUUAUUGAUACGACCGAUACUUUUGGAGUUAUUAGUUGUUUUUAAAAUUACAAUGGGCUUACAGGAGGCCUGCGGACGAGUCCAUUCACAGCUGCAAAUGGGAGGGGGGGGCUGGAUCUGGAUCAGUGGAACCACCAGGACACAAUGGGAGAAUCGGGUCCAGCUGUGAUCACACACUAAUGAGGUCUGUCUAGUUCUUACUGUGGCCCGGUUCAACUCCACUGGUCCCUGGUCAGAUGUGCAAACGUCACCACCCCCCUUCGCCGUAACACAGUAACAGACUGUUUUGCACAGACUCCAUUCAGACGGACCGGAGUUCAGCGGAUCCAGACUGUCGCUAGCUGAUCAGUUAAGGAAACCAGGACGGCAGUGAGUCACAAUAAACCGUCAUGUUCAGUCCUGUGUAAAAGUCUUAUGCUGCCUUCACGUGCUACCAGAGAAUAGUAAAAUUCACAAAACGUCAUGUUCAGUCCUGUUUCAAAGUCUAUGGUCUGCAUUCAUGUCGAAACAAAACGAGUCCAUUCUAUUUCUUCCUAAUCUGUGUAUUACACCAGUGAACUCAGUCAAGUCAUCCAGUAAUGUGAAUGUGAUGAAGUCAUACAGUAAUGAUGUAAAGCCCUUUUAAAGACAUGUAUAAGGUAACUAUGAAUGCAUUCUUUUCUGUUACUUUUGCUUAAUUCAAAACAAAAUGAGGGCCAACAUAUUUUUUCCUUAUCUGUGUUACACCAGUAAGCUUAGCUCAUCCCCAUUUUAUCAACUCUACUGCUUCUAGAACCUAUGGAUUCCUAGUAAACUACUAUUUUGUUAUUUAAUGAAAUCAGCAUUGACACCUUUCGAUCAUUGUUGCCUAGGCAUCUUUUGCACCAAGAAUAUAUGACAGUAUAAUUAUGCAUUCCCUCUUCUUCAUUUUACGUUUGAGAAAACUUAUUAAAAUACAGAUGAAAUGUUAGAUCAUGAAAUACUGAAUCAUGGUGCAAAUACUAUUUUGUCACCUGUUACUGUAGAUUAAAUAAGAACUGCAAGUGUAUUUGGUUCAACAGAAGACUUGUUUAAAACAAUUAUACUGAAUAAUUAAAAUUGUGCUACAGAUUUCUUGCUUUUCCUCAGUCUCCAUGAUUACUUGUAAUAAAUCAGUGAAAUGUCUACAAAAGCCCUCAGUCUGCUUCAGCUACAGAUCAACUUCAUUUACCCCCAGAAAACCAGUGUUUAUUGAAUCAAUCUCUUCUAAAAACUUUCAGUUCAAGCUGAUCUCACAGCUGAGUAACGCAGGGUUCAACACCUUCCUACAUUCUUCAGCUAUUUUGUUACUGUUUAAGUGUACACGCAAAUACUUUGGUGUACAGAGUGCAUUUUAAUUUCUGUGUAGUGUUACAGAUUAUACAAAUAGAAAAGAUAGUUACUGAAUAAAUAUUUCUAAGUUAAAAUGUUGCAGGUUACACACAUACACAGGUAAAUUCACCUUGAUUAAAUUAAAAGAUAAGAUCACGACAUAUAUUGAAGAUACCAUACAAGCAGAUAAAACCAAAGAUGACACUCUAAUGGGAGCACUUUUAUUAAGUACAGUUACAACAUGCAGAUUUCUAUCAAGUGAAUCAAAACAAAUGAAAAUCAUGCA